AUGGCGCUGGGACACGAUCAUGGCGUCAGCCACAUCGCCGAGGGCGAGUCCGUCUCGCCAGAGCCAAUUGACUCGACAUUGUGGGUUCACAUCUUCACCAUGAUGCUCGCCUUUGGCAUCAUCUUCCCCAUCGGAAUGGUGCUGGGAAUCACCAAAAAUCGAUGGCACGUCCCGACCCAGGUUCUGGGCACCGUAAUCGCUGUUGUCGGUUACUUCAUUGGUCACGCCCACGGCGGACGCGAAUUCAUUCACAACAAUGUUCACGCCAAGUUCGCGAAUCUCCUCAUGUUCAUCCUCGCCGCCCAGGUGACCCUCGGUGUCUACCUUCGACUACAUCUCGAAAAGGGAAUCCACGGCCGCAUCCGUCGCUUCGCUCGCCCCUUCCACGGCGUCCUUGGCAAGGCGAUGCCUGUAAUCUCCUGGGUGCAGAUCUUGUUCGGUGGCAUUACGGCGCUUGGUUUUUGCCAGGGCGACCAUCUCGGACAGUGCGCUGCGCAUUUCAUCAUGGGCUCGGCCUUCAUCGCCUACGGCAUCCUCUUGACGCUGCUCCUGCUCGUCGGUCAGAUGUGGCUGCGCAGGACAGGGCGGUCGCAGGAGUUCUUUGACAGCGUGGUCAUUGCCGCCUGGGGCUGCGUCAAUACCUUUACCGAGCACCACUGGGGCACUGCCUGGGUCAAGAACGACUGGCAGCACACCACCAUGGGCAUUGUCUGGUGGUGCGCCGGUCUGGCGGGUGUCUGGUUGAGCAGGGAUCGCGAUGGCAACCCCAAGCGAAACUUCAUUCCCGGUUUCGUCAUCUUCAUCACGGGCUGGGCCAUGUCCGCGCAUCCCCAGGAGCUCCACGUCUCCGAAGCCACCCACUCGAUGUUCGGCAAGACGUUGAUGGCCGUUGGCAUCACCCGCAUCAUUGAGAUUGCAUUUGUGGUGAAGGACGAACACGGUCUUUCAGAGGACGGGCGGACGUACAACAGCUGGCAGCUGAUUCCCGCAUUCCUGCUCUUUGCGUCUGGAUUCCUAUUCAUGGGCGCCACCGAGGAACAGAUGCUUCUCGUCGACCAGUCGUCCAUGGAUCACGUCGCCUACAUUCUGAUUCUCUUCUCCUUCGCCUUCCUCUUGUUCCUUUUCGUCAACAUGCUCAUUAGCCUCUACGAGCGCACGUCGUCCGCCGAGGGCAAGGUUGUCCUCCCGAACGGCAAUACGCACGGGGCCGAGUCGCGCCAGCUGCGGGAUGCCGAGGAGUUCGAGCUCGAGGGUCUCAUGAGUGACGAUGAUGAGGAAGAUGCCAGGAAAAAGGCGAGGCGGGGUGAUGAGGAGAGGGGCAUGUCGAGCCCCAGCACAAUCGGCAGCACAGUAGGAAGCAACAGCGAUCGUGUGGCGCGAUAG